AAAGUCCAAAAACUACAGCUGUGUGAAAGCCAACUCAUGUAUCAUAGUACAGUAACUUGACUUUGACAUUCAUUAAAAUGUUCCAUACUCAAUGUGAACAAAUAGUUUGUUCUGCAAAACCAUGAAGAAAGGCUCUGGAGCUUCCCUGGAUUUGGGGACACUUCCAGGUCAAAAGGGUUGGAACUCAGAACGAGUGAGGACACUGAGUAAUAACAAUGGUGGAGGUGGAGGGAGGACUUUGGGUUCGAAAUGGGAAGAUGCAGAAAGGUGGAUUUGCAGCCCAAGAAGCAAGGAUAUGGAUUCUCAUGGCCAGAAGAGGAGGCCCAAGUCCAAGAGUGGUCCGAUUGUGCCGCCGGGAGCUUUGUACUACUCGAAUAAUUCACCUACAAAUCCAGGUUUUGAAGGUGGAAGUUUAGGGAACUUUGUUACUGGUUCCCCAUUCUCAACUGGAGUUUUGGCAGCUGAUAGCGUCUGUCUUAACUAUGGAGGAAUGGGAAGAUCAACAAGCCUGCUUGGAAUGCCAGAAUUCCUGAAUGAGAAGUUUGAUGAUAACAGUAGUGAGGAGCCAAUGGUUGCUCGUGCUGUUUCACAAAGAGAUAUGGGAACCCAAAUAAGCCAAAAUGCAGAGGGUUGUCUACACUCAUCAUCACCAAGGAGAAGGUCAUCAUUUGCUCCAUCUUCUCCCACUCUGGUUUCUAUUGUGGAGCAGCAACGUGAACAUUUUGCAAGAUUAGAGGUCAGAGAAGUGCAGGUAGACAAUCGAGUCACCGUUGUUAAUGGGUCUAGAGGAGGUGGCGCCGAAAGCACCAAGAAAAGUCCACCGGAUGUCAAUGACUUCGGCAACAUUGCUUUUCAGGACCAAACUCCAUCUUUUAACAUUGCAGAAGCAGCAAUGAAUAUAUCAAGGUUGCAAAGAGAGGAAGCCAAGAUCAGUGCAUGGGAGAACUUGCAGAAAGCAAAAGCUGAAGCGGCACUACGAAAACUAGAGAUGAAAUUGGAAAAGAAGAAAUCGUCAACAAUGGAUAAGAUUAUGAAGAAGCUGAGCAAAGCACAAGUUAAAGCCAACAAGAUGAGAAGCUCAAUGGCAGUAGGAGACAGCCAUCAACUUGCCGAAACUCCAAGCAAGGCUCGUUCGUUUAGUAAGCGUGUCCGAAUAGGUUUGCUGCGGAGGUGCUUUACCUGCAAUGCCCUUUAAACCUUGUACUCUUGCCUACUAAUUUAUUCAUUGCCCCAGCUAACCCAUUGGAGUUUCAGUUUAGGAAUUCUAUGAAUCUCUUCCAUGUACAAUUUUGUUGCUUUUGACCUUAUCCAGCAUUUAUAUAUACAACUUUGCUGAUUGGACCGAUCAUGAAAGAGAGUGCUAUUGAAUUCUCUUCACGCUGCUAUGCUCGUGGAUGAUCUA